AUGACAAGUAUAGUUCAAUCAGCGCAACCUUUAUCUGAAGUAAAAAAACUUAAAACAUUCGAUUUGGCAACAAAUUUGGAAACUUCUAUAAUUGUUGGCAGUCAAAAUACCAAAACUGAUGAUGAAGUUUACGAUACUGCUUAUCUUACAGAAAAUGAUGGUUUAAUUGCUGUUGGUUCUAAUACGGAAAAUUUGUUAAUAUUAAAUGUGAAGAAUGGGAAGAGGAAUUAUGCAAAAGGUCAUUCACAAAGCAUUUUAUGUGUCGAUUCCCCAAUUUGGAGCAAUUCUUUAUUAGCCUCUGGUUCGAAGGAUAAUUCAAUUAUUAUUUGGAAUAUUCAAAAUGCUGAAAAAGAAGAUUUAAUGGAAGUGGAUGACGAAGAAAAUGGGGAGGAGGAUGAAGAGAAUGGUAAAAAUAAUAUUUUGGUUAAACAAAUGGCUAUAGCUUCUGGACAUACACAUUCAGUUUCAAGGUUGUUAUUUUGUUAA